CGCCCAUCAUAACAAGUUCUCAAGAAAUGCCUCAGCCUGUAGCAGCAUGCCCAAGCUGAGCCUGAGAAACGCUUUUCGUGUUUUCCAAUCAGACCAUUCAGCAACUCUGAUUGGGACUGAUUUGGCAUGUUUUAAGUGAGGAGGGGUUGGGGUUCAUAUAGGCGUGCUGAGCUCUCCAGAAGAAGAUCGCCCUCCACAUGCUUUCUGCACCAGAGGAGCGACGCGCACCGACUUACCACUGGGAGCAGUUUUUUGGGGUUUUCUUUUUUUUUUUUUUUUUUGGUUAAUUGAUGUUUAAAGUUUGACAUCCUUCUCUCUCUCUCUCUCUCUCUCUGUCUCUCUCUCUCUCUCUCUCUCUCUCUCUCUCUCUCUCUCUGUGAAAGAGCAUGAACGUUUCUGAGUUUAAGACAGAUUUGACCUGAGCUGAGAGACACCGGAGAGAAGGCGAAAUGGAGACUUUCACAAUCCAUGAUAUGCUGAUAAAUUCAACGGAUCUGAGCAAGAUCUUGUGCAACUUCGGGAUCAGGAAUAUUUCGGAUUGCGAGAGCGAGCGGGACCUGUCUCCAGAGCCUAAAGACAUCAACCAGACUGUCCGGAUCAUCCUGUACAGCCUCAUCUUCCUCCUCAGCGUUGUGGGCAACAGCCUCAUCAUCGCGGUCCUGGUGAGGAACCGGCGCAUGAGGACCGUCACCAACCUGUUCCUCCUGUCGCUGGCAGUGAGCGACCUCUUGGUCUCCCUGGUGUGCAUCCCCUUCACCCUCAUCCCCAACCUCAUGAAGGACUUCAUCUUCGGCACUGGCAUAUGCAAGCUGGUCAUGUACUUCAUGGGUGUCUCAGUAAGUGUUUCCACCUUUAACCUGGUGGCCAUCUCCCUGGAGCGCUACAGUGCCAUUUGCAACCCUCUCACCUCCAGGGCGUGGCAGACGAAAUCCCACGCCGCCAAGGUCAUCACCGCCACCUGGGUGGUGUCCUUUAUCCUGAUGCUACCUUACCCUAUCUCCAGCACCUUGAAGCCUUUCACCCGCCUCAACAACAGCACGGGACACAUGUGCCGACUGGUUUGGCCCAACGACAUCAUCCAGCAGUCCUGGUACGUGUCACUGCUGCUGAUCCUUUUCUUGGUCCCUGGUAUCGUCAUGAUGACAGCUUAUGGACUCAUCUCUUUGGAGCUCUACAGGGGAAUCAAGUUUGAGCUGUCCAACAGGAGACCUAGCCGUGAACGGAAACCCAGCACUGGCAGUAUCAAACCAGGAGACAAUGAUGGCUGCUACUUACAACCAUCUAAAAGGAAGAGUUUAUCGCUGAAUACAGGCAGCUCUGCUGAGGCUACCAGCAAACCAAUGGCUGGGCGGGUGUGUGGCAGCAGCAACUCUACAUCCAACCUGAUGGCCAAAAAACGUGUGGUCCGCAUGCUCCUGGUCAUCGUCUUUCUCUUCUUCCUUUGCUGGACUCCUAUCUCUGUGGUCAACGCGUGGCAGGCAUUCGACAAGCGGUCAGCCUACCGCCUGACAGGGGCUCCCAUCUCUUUCAUCCACCUGCUGUCCUACACCUCGGCCUGUGUCAAUCCUAUAAUUUACUGCUUCAUGAACAAGCGCUUCCGCCAGGGCAUUUUGGCCACCUUCACCUGCUGCCCCUGCUUAAGGAAGAGGAACAGCAGGAGUAGCACCUCUGGGAGGUUGAGUGGAAGUAGAGUGUCUAGAGGGGACACAUGUAGAUCAAAAGCAGAGGAAAAGUCCUAUGAGCAGAACGGUCAUACUCCUCCAAGCAUAGCCAGCACACGCUUUUCCUACACUGGUAUCCGUGCGUCAGCCUGGAGUGAGCUGACAUGACCUGGACUGCUUUGCACAUACGUAGAAGUGCUACUUUAAGUGAAAACACAUGAUGUGAGCGUUUUGUGUGUUGUAAAGCCUUCACAGUGCUUGCAAGACUAGUGUAUAUUUUUCUUUAAUUUUAGCUUGGUGUGACAUGACACGAGUAGAUAGGUUAAUGACUGCUGGAUGCAGUGCUCUCACAGCAGAUGAACGUAGUCAGAAGUCUCCCUGAAACCUUCAGAGUCCGGAGUCCUACUGAUGCUUAUUCGGCUUCAGGGACCACAAGUGUGACAUGGUGACAAGUGUGCUCUGAUGCAGCAGUAAACAAGUCAAUGUCCCAGUUCUACAUAUAAGUGCGUCCAUGUAUUUUAUCAGAAUCAUUAGACAAGUGAUACAGUCACCACCAAACUGCUAAAUUACAUAUAUUGUUGUCAUUAAGAAAUUAACAUUUUCUGCAUCUUAAAACAAUACUGGUUAAAUAAUGUCUGAUGUUUAAAGUCUAGUCCACAAGCAGAAAUUGGUGGAUAGGAUUAUUCUUUUCACCCAUGAAAAACAAAUUAUGUCCUAUUGAAAUUCAGUUUUUUAUCUGUGUACUUAAUAAAUUAAGAUUUUGUGGAAAUGAUAAAAGUUCAAACAAGCCCACUCUUAGCUGUGCCUAUAUGUGUGUUCUUUUUGCACUUGGAAGUUCAGUUUUCCUAGUUUGCAAAAUGUACUGUGAAUUAACUAUAAAUUGUUCUUUUUACAAAAAAAAAAGAAAGAACAAUUUAUAGCUGUUUAAACACAUACAAGGGAGAGAAAUAUAUUGUUAUUGGCAUUUAUGCUAAAAGUAGUUAGCACCAAAAGUUUACCGACUUGCAACUAGAAUACGCUCAGGUUGGGUGUGACGUCAUUCCCAGCUCUGAGUUUCAACGUCCGAGACAAAAUGAAUGCAGCAUAUGGCUAGCCUUGUCCCAGCUUUCUCAGCAAUAAACUUAUAUUUUGCUCUGUGCUGAAAAGGUAAUUGACUUAGAGGAAAUGCUCAGUUGUGUGAAUUAAAAUAGGAAGCUGCUGCUUUUUCGGUCAAAGACAAUAAAUCUGAAACUUUUACAUUUCAACUUUUAGUUGAUUUCAGCGCUGUUGUCCUUGAUCUGAACCUUUUAGUACUUCUAAGCUGUUUUCACGCUGUUUUCUAUUCUGCCAUGCAUGAUGGCAUUUUGAAAAAGGCUGGUUAGGCAGGUCUAAAAAAUGAAGGACAUUUUUAUAGAACAUUAUAGAUCAAGUGUCAUCACGUCUUUGUAUGUGUUGCUUUUGAUGUGCUCCUGUAGUGAAAAGUUCAUAUAUACUGGAGAUCAGUGGGGUGGAGUUCACAGUGUUCUGCUGGGUCAUGACAGGUUAUCUUACUUUUCAUGAUGUCGGGUUUCAUUUUAUUUAUUUCUCAUAAAGGAUCAACUGACUAUCUUGAAAUGAACCUUCAAUGCUGUAUGAGUGCCCCCAAGUGGCCGAAUGAUUUUCAGGCGAAACAAUAAGCUUUAGGUUUCAAGUGGGAGUUCAAGUGAUGUUUUCACUGGAUUAUUACUGAAACAUUUGAGCUGCAGCUGUGUUGAAUAGGGGUGGUGCAUAUGGAGGGUUUACAUGGUGUGGAAAGCUGAGGCGCUCAUGUGGUGGAAUUUUUUGACAGGUCCAAAACAUCUUUGGUUGGCUGGUUUAUGCUGUGAUCAAAUUGUGCAUACAACAGUGUAAAUCAGUAGGGAGGCAAUGUGGGAGCAGUGUUUCUUUUUUUCCUUUACGACCUAAAAACAGAAGGCUGACUCGCAUUAGUGUAAUGGGGUAUAAGAAAGAGACAGAGCCGCAAGUGUGAAGAAUUGAAGCCUAAACCUUUUAAACUUUUAAACAAUGAAAGGUUCAAUCACAGUCACAUUAUUCUUUGUUAAUGGGACUUUUCAAUAAAAAUAAAUAAAAACACUAAAAUUAAAACACAUGAGUGUGACCUUUAAAAUUUUUAAGUUUAGUCAUUGAUAAAUGCCUAAAAAAAAGAACUUUUAACUCACUACAAAAUGAUUAGUGCUCUUUAAACUGAUGCUAACUAGACCACAUUGACCGGUGUAUAUUUCUUUCAGUAAACUUCCUUAGGUGCUGUAAUUAAUGUUUUGCCAAAAAUAAUUGUACAGUGAUACAUUUAAUCUCAACAGAAACCUUAGGGAAUAGAAGAUGUUAGCAAUAAGCAAGAGAAGUAAAAAAACAGGAAUGUCCCAGGGCUCAAAACUCAAAGUGAUCCUAACACUUGUAAAAAUUACAAUUAUCAAAGUAGGUGGUAAAUUGAAUAAAUAAAAAAAUUAUUUACUUUUAAAUUAUGUUUUGUUUGAUUGUAUAUAAAAAUAUGAUUUUGACCCCCAUUAGCAUACCUUAGCUAAACUGAGCUAAGCUAAGCUUUCUUCUUACUUUGGCUAAAUAAUCAAUUAAAUGUGCUUUUUUCCACCAAGAUUUAUCAGUAAUGAAUUAAGUACUCAAACCUUUCACUUAGACUUGUGAAAAAACGAAAUUCUAAGACACUGUAACGUUAAUAAACCAGCAGUAGCAUUUACCAUUUCUAAUUAUUGAACAUACCGUCUCAUAGAUUCUAGUCUUUCUAAACUGCCUUUCCAUUUCUCAAGUUCCACGAAAGGCAUCUGCCCCACUGAUAUGUAAUCACAACCAGUAGCUUCAAACUGAAACACCCUACUGCACAAAUAACCGACGUCCUUGAACCUCUGCAAGUAUGUGUAUCAACAGGACUGGGGAACUGGAGAGGCCUUAUCAUUUGUGGGAUUUGCACCACCUGCAGCUCGUCUUUAAAGAGUCAAUUCCUCCCCUCACCCACAACAUUUCCACACAUUCUUCCAGUUAAAUAUAGCAGCAUUGAUGUAGCAACCUGUUUAUCUUUUUCAUGCAAGUUUGUAAAUGAAGAAUCCAGUGUUUCUCUGUGAUUUCUGACAGUUAUGAUGUAAAAUGUUGGCUCUCAGAAGUAUUUUGUCCUCUUUUGUGAUGAUGCUUAUUUUAGGCAAAUGACUGAAUGUAAAAAUAUGAUCAUGGCUUUUUUACUGACUUAUAAUGAACAUCUGAUUAUGGCUGUUGGAAAAACAUGGAAAUAUAUAGUGACUUGCAACAGUAAUAUUCCACACGAGUCAUGGUUGCAACCACAAAAGUCAAUGUGAUUUACAUGGAUUUGAUGUGAUAUCUAAGCAUAAAGUAGUGCAUAACUUUGAAGUGGAGGGAAAACAAUACAGCGUUUAUUAAAAUGUUUACGAAUAAAAAUCUAAAAAGUG